GAAAGAGACAGAGAGAGAGAGAGAAGAGAGUGAGAAUCUGUCCGAGCUAUUUGUAGCUGUUUCUACAAACAAAACUCCCAACGGAUCUUUUCCUCUUGUAUGCAUGAGUCGUCCCGUGACUCACUCUGCACAAAACAAUCUUCUGUCCUUCUGUUUCUGUGCUACAUAUAUAUAAACAUAUUCUUUCUCUCUCCCGACUGGAGUAUUCCAUUACCCUAUUGGAUAAAUUUUCAUUUGUCACAAAUUUCUCAAUCCCUUUGGGUGCCAAAAUCUAUCUCAUUUAUAACUUUCAAUUUUGGGUUUUCAAUUCAUUUCAUUAGGUUUGUUCUUUCUGGGUUUUUCUCUGUCACUGUAGAUACUCUGUUUUGCUUCUACUUCAUCAUAAGCAUACGCCCACUUUUCUCAUAUAACUCAAAAUUGGUAUAAUAGGCUUUUAGGGUUUUUCAUAUACCAAAAUAGUACUAGUUUGCUUGUUUCGAUGAAUUUAAGAUGAGUUUUUUAGGGUUUUGUUAGUCGAAGCUUUUCUCAGGUUUUUCUGUUUUUAAAGGGUUCUGGUAUCUUCUUGUACUCUAAUAUAUACUGUUAAAAGUUUUGGCUUUUUUCUCUCUUGCCUUUUUUUUUGUAUUAAUAAAAUCAACUUUUGUUUAUAGGAGUGAUAGUUGUAGGGUUUAGGGUUUUGUACUUUAGGAAAUAUUUUACCUGUUCAACUACAGCCUGACAACCUCAGAUUCUAGUACUUUCUAGGCAAUCCUGAACUGGGUUGUAAUCUCUAUCACCAAUUGAUACGAAUUAGAACUGGGUUUUCUUCAUCAAUUUGAGGUUUUGUCACUAGUUUCAAUUUCAGUUGUCUUCUUUCUUUAGGCUUCUAAGCCUUGAAUCCUCACUGUUCUUCAGCUUCUGUUUCUGAAUUUUGUGAGACUCUGCCUGGAACUAAUUAAUCUGUGGCUCUUUGCUGAAGGAAGAAGGAAAAAGGUUUCCUAUUAUCUUGGUUGGAUUGAAUUAUUUCAUUCUUUGUUUUGAAUUUCAUCCCAGAAAUGUCUUCGUGUUUAAGCGGAGGCAGCCGGGCUUAUGGAUUCGAUCUAGAAAUAGUGAAAUCUCCAUCAACUUCAACCAGAAUUUCGCAUUCAUCUUCUCCUUCUUCAACUCUCUCUGAGUCUAGCAAUUCCCCACUGGCAAUCUCAACCCGAAAACCUCGAACUCCUCGAAAACGGCCGAACGAAACCUACAACGAGGCUGCGGCACUUCUCUCGACCGCCUACCCUAGCAUUUUCUCUACCAAACACCUAACAAAGCCUUGCAAAUUCACCAAGCUACAUCCACACCCACAUGACACUUUCUUGAAUCAAUCUGACUUGCUUCUACCCUUUCGCGUAUUUGACAAUUCUGGUUUCUUACUCCAUCAACCAAUCCCAGAAAAACCCAAUUUUCGAUUCGAGACAACAUCUCCAAGAGUUGUGAGUUCCUGUGAAAAGCCAUGCCAGAGCCCGGUGGAAAAUGAAUUCCAGGCGGAGGAUUCCUUCAACUUGCAAGAGGAUUUCGAUGCAGAAUCGAUACUUGAUGAGGAAAUUGAAGAGGGUAUUGACAGUAUUAUGGGGAAUCUAAGUGUGAGUGUGAACGAUGAGUCAAUGGAUGAGUCCAAUGUUUCUAGUAGUUAUAGUGGUCAGAUCAAUUCUUGCUAUGGUCAUCCAAUUGGGUUGGGAUUCGGAGGGAAAUUCGAUGUGGGUUUUGGGAUGAGAAGGAGAGGUGUUAGAGCAUUGAGACAUGUUGAUGAGGAGAGAGAUUGGUGGAGGUUUCCUACUGUAGAUGUUGUUGAAAUCUCCCCCAAACUCAGCAAAGCUCCCGCAGAAAAGAAGAAAAAGAAGAUUGAAAAACCAGUGGAAGAGAAAGAGAAUGAGAAAGAGAAUUCCAUUCCCAAAUCCAAUCCAGGGUUGCUCCUGAAAUUGAACUACGAUGAAGUUGUGAAUGCUUGGUCCAAUCGUGGGUCGCCAUUUUCGGAGGAAAUUCCAUUUCCAGCCAGUGAGAUGUCCAGGAAUGAUCUCCAUGCAAGGAUGGCGCAGAUAGAGUUGAUGUGGGAGAGCGGAGGAGGGUUGAGAGAGGCCAGCGUGUUGCGCUACAAGGAGAAGCGACGUACACGCCUCUUCUCUAAGAAGAUUAGAUACCAGGUCAGAAAAGUUAACGCUGAUCGACGGCCCAGAAUGAAGAUUUGAAUUUUCUCAAGUCCCAGUACAGCUAUCCAAACCUUGCCACCGUCCGCGCUGCGCUAAGAUAUCCCAAUCGGAGUUGGGCCGAGCUACUCAACUUUGAGCCGACGUAUAGAUAUAGCAUCAGGCGCAAGACCAGGGUGACCGACUUUUUGUUGGAGCCCUCACCUGAGCCUGAUCCUUCCCUUCCACAAAUCAACCUCAUCCAAUUAACAGAGCAAGAGAUAGAGAGAAGAGAGCCGUUAGGGCCCUAAUCACCAAGAAAAAUCAAGUCGAAGCAUUGCCCACCGGCCAAUCACAAGAGGCCGUGGUAGCCCUACCAACCGCACAGCCUUUUUCAUCUCGGCCAAACAAGCGCGCCCGGACUUCCACGACCGAGCUGCGCCUCCUUGAUGAAGAAGACACCGUGUUUCCGUAAUCCACACCGCCCAGCCCACAACCGGAGCGCUCUAAACGAGCUAGCUCUUCCAAGUGGGUGCCUAAGGUUACCUACAAGAAUCGCGCUAUCACUGACUCCGACUCAGUGGUCGCGGAGAAAGACCAUAUGCUGGCCUUUAAUCUGGCCAAGAGCAUCUACCUUCCAGCCGAUAUGGAUCACCACGAUCAUCUUACCGAGCUGAAGGCCAUUCGCUCAGCUUCAAAAUCAAUGGUGUUGGUAAGUUCUCCUUUUCCUUCACUAAAUUUCAACAUAUUUUCUCUCGGUUUAUCCCAAAAAUUGUUUCUCCCUUCUUGCAGGCCUUACAGAAGAACCACAUCGCACACAAGCGCGUGCUGGAACUUCGAAAGAUCACUCGGGAGGCCAUGGCAGAGGCCAAUGCCAAAACAGCCGAGCUAAAAGAAUCAAGGCAAAAGAUGGCCGAGCUACAGACUGAAGUAGCCCAGCUAACCGACCUAGUCAAUUCAGCCGAAGCAGACAAGCUGAAGGCUGCAGCCAUGCUGAAAGACAAAUAUUUGCGCGGGCUGGCCAAGCUCGAGAAAAAGAAGAACGAUGAAAUCGCUCGGUUGGAGAAGAACGUGGAAGAUGUAGAAAACCGAGGUUACAAUGAGGGAGAGGACAUCUACAUCCAGUAAUGCGAGGCUGCCAAAGACAUAUUUUUCAAAUGUGGAUGGAAGGCGGCGGCAACGCAGCUUGGUCUUAGCCAAGAGACCGAGGUCUUCCUCAACCCUCCACCACAUUUUAUACCAAGCUACAUGGCGUAGUACGCCCACGCCAUUCAACAAAAAAUUCUUCAAGAUGAUGAUGAAGAAGAGGCCCCAGAGCCCAACAAUGCGCCGGUUAUCGCCAGUGAUCCCGCCGUUCAAUCAGCUCGGGUGGAGCCCCCGAUGGAAGACUUGGUUGAAAGUGUGACCGAGCUACCUACUGAAACCGGGCUUCGAGUUGAACUGGACGCGGAUCUUGAUGAUCUCUUUUCUUGAUCUUUUUUUUUUCUUUUUACUUUUGGAAAGAAACUGUAACCAGGUUAUAUUCCCGCUCCUUUGUAACUCUAACUUUGAACUUUGAGUGAACGGCUUCUUUUGUUUCAACUGUUGUUUCGGUUUACUGCCAUGCUUGUAUUUACUUUUCAAUUAUAAUCUUUAAUGCAGUAUAACAUUUUCUUGCCGA